AUGUUAAAAAUCCUCCUUCCCACACUCAUGCUUUUCCCAACUAUCUGACUAACCCCCAAAAAAUGGCUAUGAACCACCACCACGGCUCAAAGCCUAAUAAUCGCUUUUUCCAGCUUAUUUUGGCUUAAAUGGGCCUCAGAAACAGGAUGAUCCACCUCAAACACUUAUAUAGCAACAGACCCCUUAUCAACACCACUCUUAGUACUAACCUGCUGAUUACUACCACUAAUAAUCCUGGCAAGCCAAAACCACACCAUACCAGAGCCAACAAACCGCCAACGCACCUAUCUUACCUUACUAGCCUCACUCCAAGCCCUCCUAAUUAUAGCCUUCAGCGCAACUGAAAUUAUUAUAUUCUACGUCAUAUUUGAAGCUACACUCAUCCCCACAUUAAUCAUUAUCACACGAUGAGGAAACCAAACAGAACGACUAAACGCAGGAACAUACUUUUUAUUUUACACACUAGCAGGCUCCUUACCACUCCUAAUCGCACUCCUGAUCUUACAAAAAGAUACCGGCACCCUCUCCAUGCUACUAACACAAUAUACAAACACGACAAUACCAAACUCUUGAGGGAGCAAAAUAUGAUGGGCAGGAUGCCUCAUAGCAUUCUUAGUAAAAAUACCCCUCUAUGGAGUACACCUAUGACUCCCAAAAGCCCACGUAGAGGCCCCAAUUGCCGGAUCAAUAGUACUAGCCGCCGUACUGCUCAAACUCGGAGGAUACGGCAUAAUACGCAUGACAGCCAUACUAACCCCAAUAACCAAAGAAUUGGCAUACCCCUUCAUCGCCCUAGCAACAUGAGGAAUCAUCAUAACAGGUUCAAUUUGCCUACGACAAACCGACCUAAAAUCACUAAUCGCAUACUCCUCUGUAAGCCACAUAGGCCUGGUAGCAGGCGGAAUCCUAAUCCAAACCCCAUGAGGCUUCACAGGGGCAAUUAUCCUAAUAAUCGCACACGGACUUGUGUCCUCAGCCCUAUUCUGCCUAGCAAAUACUAACUACGAGCGAAUCCACAGCCGAACCCUACUACUUGCCCGAGGAUUACAAAUAAUCCUACCCCUUAUAGCUGCUUGAUGGUUCAUCAUAAACUUAGCCAACCUAGCCCUACCACCACUACCAAACCUCAUAGGAGAGCUAAUAAUUAUCACAUCCCUAAUAAACUGAUCAUUAUGAACAAUCCUACUAACAGGACUAGGAACACUCAUCACCGCUAGCUAUUCCCUAUACAUAUUCUUAAUAACACAACGAGGCCCCACCCCAAACCACAUUAUAGCCCUAGAGCCCUCACACACCCGAGAACACCUGUUAAUAACCCUCCACCUCAUCCCCGUCCUACUCCUUAUGCUAAAACCAGAACUAAUAUGAGGCUGAUGCUUCU